GUAGCUCUGGAGCAGGGGCAUGCUUUGGUCGGGAAAAGGGGCAGGUUUAAGUCCAGAUUUGACAGGAGUUGGUCUGUGCGUUGGUCUUGAUGGUCCAUUGUUGGUGGGCCAGGCAUACCGGUAGGCACGGUACCAGGUACAGGUACUCCACUUUCAACGUUGAUCUGUUGCCUGAAGGUGACAAGUAAACGGGUCUGAUUGAAUCGCAUCGAAGCGAGCGAUCUACCUUUCCUUGCUGAACUGCACCCCAGAGAAGACUAGAAAUGCACUUGUGUGUUGAUCAGUGGUUUAUUGUUCGGUAGGAUCAGGUGCAGCACAGGAGCGAGCGCAGUCACACUCCUGAUGUUGCUUUCUUUGUCAGCCCUGUUUCUCUUGGAAUAUACUUCACCCACCUGGCAUUGUCACUGCACCUGUGAAGUUGUGUACUGCCUCUCUCUCUGCUCUUCAUCGCUUGACCUCUUGUAUCUUGAUCUUUGCCUCCUCCACCAAAGCUUUUCUUCCAAUCUUCAGAAUGGACUCGCGCCAGCUACAAGACUUGAAGACUCGGCAUGUUCUUCUGUUCUCUCUCACCAAUUUGGAUAGAUCUGGAUUGUCGGUUGCUUCCUGUCGUACUCAAUCGCCGAGGCCUCCACGUAGCGUCUCGUGCCUCGAUGCUCCAUGGUCAACAUCAACUUCUUAACAAGCUGUGUGGUUGUGCAUACUGUUGACUGGCCGCGUUGCCCCAUGCUACAGUUCCAGACCAAUAUCGAAAUCAGGUUCUUCCGCAAUGAUGGCUGCUGCUUUCAUUGGGGGGCUCGGUUCUACGACGGAUGUUGGCUCUUCUUGUUUCGUGGUGCUAUCGUUUCGUUGUUGUUGUUGCUCUUUGAGGGCACACUUGAGAAAUUGAAUUUCUUGCGGUGCCAGCGUCUCCUUUUGGAGGACAUCUGCCACGUACACAUCUCGUCGUACGGCUCGUACCGACAUGCGUUGUGCGACACUGGGAUGAGUGGUGCCUCGAAUGAGGGUGGCCAAUUCCGGUGGCAAUUGAUGCCAUUUGCGAUAUUGAAUUCUGCGUGUACUGCUUGUACUGGAAUUAUCCGCAUUGCCACAAACAUGCUUGGCGACAAAUUGACAGAGCAAGAUCAAUGGAUGGUUUUGUUGAUUGAUAUACUCGGUAAUAUUUUCAUUGGGCGGCACUCCCGUCAUGCUGUACUUGAUGGUGUUGCCUAGAGAGAAGGCAUCGGCCAACAUUCCGUAAUUGGACACGUGUUGUCCGAGCGUCUUGGUAAUGUCAAAGCCCAGAUCACUACCGGCUUUGCUGUGUCCACUAAGAUUGAGUCCGACGAUACUGUGACGACUGUGAACACCGUUGACAAUUUCGGGAGCGGCGUACAUGCGAUUGCCCAAGGAACUCAUGGUACGUUUAAAGGCAUGCGAAAUGGACUUGUCCAGGUCACGUCGUUGCACUCUCUUGCCGUUGCUGCUGCUGCGACGACUGCUGCUGCUGCCAUCUAUGGUACCAUCCGUCUCCACCAAUUGUUGGUCGUUUGGAGAUUUCAUGGUGACGGCUUCCUUUUCCAAAUCGCCGGGGCUGAGAGCACGGGCAAAUCCGAAAUCAAUCAAUGUCAAGUGCCAUUUUUGACCCAGUGUUUGCCAAUCUUCUAUCGCCUGGGCCGGUGCUGCUGUGUGAUCCCAAAUUUCAUCUUGUUGCAACGUGGCUCCAGUGAUGAUCGCGUUAUCUGGCUUGACGUCUCUGUGAACGACGGCACGAGAAUGACAAUAAGCCAAGGCAUCGACUAGUUGGGCCAUGACGACACGUCCAAAGGUGUGACUCGCCAGAGCACCCCCAUGAUCAAUCAAUUGUUGCAGUGUAGGACCACGACUGUACGACAAGGCCAUGACGGCAGCGCAUUGACUGUGAGGCGUUUCCCAAAACCCCAUUACUUUCAUGAUGUGAGGAUGCUGGAGUUCUUUUAAAAUCUCGAUUUCACGAUGGGCAUAGGCAUGUUCUUGCUUGGUGGCGUCUGGAGAUCCCACUACUUUCAUCGCCACCAAGUCAUUGUGGUCCGUUUUGCGACGAGCCAACAGGACCGAUGCAAAGCCACCUUUGCCCAAUUGACCCAAAGGUUCAUAGGCUUCUGCCACGGCGGGUGGCCAUUGUGGUGGGACAGCGGUUGUCAUGGGGUGGACUGUUUGACAAGCAGACUAACUGAAAGAAAACGUAUCUUACUCGAAAUAAUGAUGCGGGCAUGAAAAGAAGCAACCUUGACAUGACACUCGCACUCCACGGUGGUGUCAAUAAUAAGUGCGUGGACCCCCCCUUUCUUGCCAUAUGGUAUGGUUGGAAGAUGUUAGCACAAAGGUACAUGCGGUAAAAUGCCUUGAGUGAGUAACCAAUAAUUACCUCAACUAUUAUUCUAAAACCAACCGAUGAUAUUUCAUCAGGUAGUUGCGGUAACAAACAAUUUUUCAGCAGAGUUUUCACGCCAAAAGGAAACCUUAGCCUUAUAUUUACCUUAGCUACCCUACGGUGUGAAGAGUUCGAGUGCACGAGAAGAGAUCGCAAGUGCGCCUCGGUACGUAUUGAUGAGACAACUGACACCACACAAACCGAAACCCGAGGCAAAGAAGAAGUUGUGGUUGUGGUUGGUGCUGUUGCUGUUUGUGGGGAUCCUCUCUUGCCACCUUGAGUGUUGCUAAACUGCACGUCUCACUGAGUUGGAUCCAAGACUUGAGAGAUUUGAGGGUUGCUCGUGGAGAUCAAUCCAGCGGCAUCCAAUCUUCAAUCCACGCGUCUCUCUGUUUUUCUAUUUGUUUGAGAGCAAGCAGUAGACUACUGUACGGAAUCGAAUCCAAUUAAUUGAUCCAUGGAGACUAGCUAGAGCGUGGCGUUUGCAAAGCUACUAGUAGUAUGAAUGAAUCGGCAAGUGUGGAGGAUGAGGAAAAAACAACAAAGGAUGAAUCCAGCAGCGCUGUCAAGCAGAUUGCAAAGAACAGCUUGAACAGCAGCAACAAGAGCAAUGGCAGCAAACGGAUACGGAAAAUUCCGAUUGUGACAACGCCCACAAGAGGGUUCAGUGGCGCUUCGAGCAGUGACGAUGACGAUCUGGACGAUGAUGAUGAUGAUGAUGAUGACGACGAAGGAAUGGAACGGAAAGGUUCCAGUGGCCAGAUGAAAAUUCCCUCCUUCCACAACUCUCGUGGAGCUCCUGUUUCUAGUGCCAACAAUGAGGCGCCCUCAAGCCCGCAACCAUCAAACUCGACUGGUAACAACAACAAUCCUGGAAACACUGCAGUCCAACCGGACCAAGAACGACAAAUCCUCUUGCUCAUGUUGCUCGCGCAAGUCUGUGCCCUUCAUGAUCCUACGCCGCGAACAUUUACUGUGCAUGUGUUGGAAUUGUUUGAACGAGGCAUUCUGGGACGUCAAUCCAUUCAUUUCUUGUUUGAACUGGGCUUAGUGCCACCCAACACUCCUCGCAUGUUGACGGCUCAUCCUCACAACAACAGCAACAACAACAACGCUGAUCAUUCUCAUACAUGUAAUUCGAAACAACAAGCAUCUUCGGAUCCAGUACUACAAUUGGCUACUCUGUCAGCUCCGUUGUCACCUCAAAAAAUGCGAUCACACGAAGCAUCCGUAAUUCGGAGUCAUUUGGAAGAACACGAUUUGGCACAACAGCAACUGAACAAAUCGUCGCCACUGUCGUCGUCAAGGGCAAACACCAACAAUGCCAACAACACCAGUCUGGUGGAGUCUCCUCCCAUCCAUAGCACCAAGAGUGCCUCGUCGUGGGCAGUUGAACACCAUCCACUGUCACUCUCACGAUAUCAGAGAGAGUUUAUUCAAGUGCGAUUGCUCAACUCGGGUUCCUUUGGAGAGGUAUUUCAUGCAACCAGUAAGGUGGAUUUGAAAGAUUAUGCUGUCAAACGAGUGGCAUUCCAGGCAUUUGGCUAUUCAAGAGAUUCCCUUACACAGGUCAUUCGGGAAGUGCAGUGCUUGGCACAGUGCGAUCAUCCAAAUGUGGUCCGGUAUUACACGAGUUGGCUAGAACCGUCUUGGAUGACCGGCAGUGGAGCUGCCAUCACCACACCCACGCAUGGGAAUGAAGUUCGAAGACAACAAAAGCUACUCACCGAUAUACAACACAUGAUGAUAGCAGGAGCACGUUCGGAAGAACAAUCAGCUACAUCCACUUCCAACCACUCGGAAAGUAAUCACAACAAUCAUCUUCAGGAUUUCUUUCAGGGGCGUGCGAACGCCAACAUUAUGCGAGACAGAAAAUUUUCUAUUGGAAGCAGCCUCGAUUCCUUGGACAGUGCUGCUGGAUCAAGCAGCUAUGACGAAACCAGUGGUAGCGACGAAGAGGAAGAAACCACUUGGACUAUAGAACAGCAACAAGACUGUCAUUUGGCUUUUGAGGACGACGAUGACAGCUCUUUCUUCUUUGCAUCAUCCCUUGGCGCCGCAAAGGAUACAUCGUCAAAGUUUGCUUCACCACCCCAUCAUCGGUUUAACAACAACAACAACAAGGCAACACAGAAUACCGCUAAAAAGACGGCAGCUCGAUUGAAGUACCGCUACCAGAUAUGCCUCUUCAUUCAAAUGCAACUGUGCCAACCAGCCACUCUGGGAGACUGGAUUCGUCAUCGCAAUUCCUUGGUUGCAGAUCCAAACGCAAAUCGUCGAGAACGAGUACAAACCGCUGUUUCCAUCUUUGGGCAGAUUGUGAGUGGGCUACAGCACAUUCACAAAAAGGGCAUUGUGCACCGUGAUUUAAAGCCCUUCAAUCUCUUUCGAUCACUCGAAGAAGAGGGGGUCUUUCUGAUUGGGGAUUUCGGCUUGAGCAAGCUUAUUCACUCGGCGACGCAUCAAUCAUCUUGCGGCAAGAAGAAGAAACAGCAGCAACAUCACCAUCCCGAAGAUUUUUCGCUUCAGACUGGUGAUUGCAAUGCGCUAGUUGUGCGUGCUCCAACUGAAUUGACAGCUGGUGUUGGCACCGCCUCUUAUGCGGCUCCAGAGCAGGUCACCACAAGCACCUAUGGGAAACUAGCAGAUGUAUUUUCCCUUGGCCUUAUUCUGCUGGAACUGUUGUGCUGCUUCACAACAGAGCAUGAGCGAAUGCAGACCUUCUAUGACUGCCGUCAUCGACGCGACAUUCCAUCGUGGAUCACAAAUGAAUACCCUGUGGCAGCUCAAACCAUACUGAGAUGCACAGAGCCAAACCCGACAAACAGACCCACUGCAGGCGAUUUGAUCCGGGUCGAUCUCUUGUCUAUGAUAGAGACUUCAGAUGCCAAAAUACCAAGGGAGUUGCCGCCACAGAAAGUCCCAAAUGACGAGUUGCUCAAGCUGAAUCGAGAACUAGAAGAAAAGGAUGAUCUUAUUCGUGAUUAUGAGAAGAAACUGAAGGAAAAAGAUCUUCUGAUUGAGCGACUCCAAGCACAGCUGGCCGCAGCUCAAGCGAACCAUUCGGCUGACGAAGUUCCGCAAAUCCAAAGGGUACCCUUGCCAGUUGAAUUGUUGGUGGGUGAGGGUCACGGUGGCAAGGGCCCUUUGGAGGUUGAAUCAUCCAGCAGCAGCGGCGAAGAAUAGGUACUAUCGUACCGGGGAAUAACUUAAUCACGCUAAUGAAUAGAUAGAUAUACACGCGCACUAGUGCUGGAAGCUUCUACAGAUCUUACGUUGGCAAUGUCGUGUGCUUGUGGCUUCUUGAUGCGGAUA